AGGCUGCAGCAGGAGAACAGACUACGGCUGGUAGUGUACUGCAGACACGACGUGCACGGUGAGCAGCUGCUGAAGAAGAAGACCGAGGAGGGCCUCACAUGCCGGUGGAUUUAGGAGGCAGUAAAGCUCUAUUGGAUGGGUUGUGACCCCCCUGUGCGCAUCCUCACCGCGACGAACUGCAAUCCUGCUGCAGGAUAUCCACAGCGUAUUCGCCACGUGUCACCGUACCCUAAGACGGUUGUGUAAACAUGUCCCCACUGUAAGGUGGCGGGCAGGUAGUCGGUACACUACGACCCUCCUCCUCCUCCUCCGGUCGCGGCCAUGAUGACCACCGAGCACGAGAUCCAGUUCUGGCUGCUGUUACUCGGCUACGUCAUUUCCAGGCGGAAGAAGCGGAAAAGAGAGACGGUCCGGAAUUACUGGGUGCACCCCCUCACCAGCCAGCGCUUCUCCAAGGGGCAGUUUCACCUCCGCUAUGGAGAUUUGCGCAAAUGCCCCAAAAAGUUUUUCGAUUAUUUUAAGAUGUCAAUGGGAACGUUCGAUGAACUGCUGGAGAACCUGAGACCGUCCCUCAUCCGGAGCGACACCAAGAUGCGGCUGGCGAUAUCCCCGGAGGAGCGGCUCUGCGUGACCAUUAAGUACCUGGCCACAGGCCAUAGCUUUACGUCUCUUCACUUCCGAUUCCUCAUUGGAAAAGCCACCAUCCGGUUGAUUGUCCGGGAGACCUGCAGAGCAAUCUGUGAUGCCCUGCUCAAUGUUCUUAUGCCGGAGCUGACUGCCGAAACCUGGCAGAAAAUAGCUGACGACUUCCAGGCCACCACCAGCUUCCCGAAUUGCGUCGGGGCCUUAGACGCCAAAGACAUUAGGAUGAAGAUGCCGCCCAACAGCGGAGUCAAGCACUGGGACACAAGCCGACACUCCAUUGUCCUGCUGGCUUUAGUGGACAGCAGUUACAAGUUCAUUGCCAUAGAUGUUGGAGCCUAUGGGACUACUGGGUGCUGUAGCAUUUUUAAGAAGUCCAAUCUAGGGCGUAAGCUGAAAGAAGGCAAUUUACAUUUGCCUGAGUAUAAGCCAUUGCCAGGCACAAGCGGGCCACCCAUGCCAUACGUUUUUGUUGCAGACGAAGCGUUUGGGCUCACCAAGAACAUUUUGAGACCCUACCCCAAUAGGAACAUCACUCCAGUCCAGAAGGUGUUUAAUUACAGGCUGAUCCGGGCAAGGCGAGCCAUAGACAGUGCGUUCGGCCUACUGGCCAACAAGUGGCGAGUCUUCUAUGCCCCAAUACAGCUGGAAGCUAACUUUGUGCAGGACAUUAUCAGGGCCGCCUGCGUUCUGCAUAACCUGGUGCUUUUAAGGGAUGGCUUUGUCUUCGAGGACAUCCUCAGUAAUCCGCUACAUGACGUGGCGUGGAGCACGGUUCGAGGGCCUAUCCUCAGAGAGUUCUUUGCCAUGUUGGACUUCCAGUAUAUGAGAGUGUGA